AUGCAGAAGGAUGUUGGCUCUAGCCAGCCAUCUGAAACUUCAGGCCGGGUUCGGCAUCGUAAACGAUCGACUGAGGUUCACUACCUGAGACUUUGUUUUCUUUCUUUUCUCUCUUCAUUUCCCUGGUUACGUCUUUCCGAUAUCAAGUUGAAUCCCAAGGACCCCCCGAUCUGUUUGGUAUUUCGUAUAUAUUGCUGAUGUACAGUAUUACUGGCGGCUAAGAUCUGUUUAUGUCUUUUGAGUUUAUCCAUGAUAUGUAUUGCUGUUGAAAAAGGUGGAAUAUAAGAGUUGUAUUUUUUUUAUCUUCAGGGUACUCCAGAUGCAAGUAAAGGAAAUGGAGCACAUUUGCUUGUUGAUGAUCGAAACAAGUACAAGUCAAUGCGCAUCCGGAUUCAUUCAUCCAUAUGGAUGAUUGGGGGUCUUGUGUUCGUUAUCUACAUGGGCCAUCUUUACAUAUGGGCCAUGAUUGUUGUUGUUCAAAUAUAUAUGGGAAAAGAGCUGUUUAAUUUACUAAGAAAGGCAAAUGAAGAUAGACGUCUUCCAUGGUUUAGACUUUUAAACUGGUACGAACUUUUGUUUCAUCACCACGCCAUUCUCUUUCCAGAGUCUUUCUAAAUGAUCAUGAGUACUUCAUGAGAUGAAGGAUAACCCAUUGGUGUCUAUUCUCUUUUCCUUGCAGGCAUUUUUUCUUCACAGCCAUGACAUUUGUUUAUGGCCGUUUUCUCAGUCGACAGCUUGUUAACACUGUAACUUCAGAUAAACUGUUGUAUAAGCUAGUGAGUGGGCUCAUCAAAUAUCAGAUGUUUAUUUGCUAUUUCCUAUAUAUUGCAGGUGUGUUUUCUUUAUCUUCUUGUUAUAUGCAAAAGGAUAAUCUUUUGCAGUUGAUAUAUAUCAGUUUUUUAGAAGAAUUUUCAGGCCGAAUAUGACUGGUUAUACAGUUGUUAUUGUUGGUGUAGUUGCUUGAGUUCUCUUGAGGUUUAAAGUGUGUGUUUAAUUAUCGAUAGUCUUUGUGUAUAUACUGUCAUUUGUAUUUCUUGAUGUCGUAUAAAUUCAUGUAUCAAUGAUCACGGUUUAUUGGUUUAACUUUGCUUAGGUUUCGUCUGGUUUAUUCUUACAUUAAAGAAGAAGAUGUACAAGUACCAGUUUGGGCAGUAUGCAUGGACGCACAUGAUUCUUUUUUGGGUGUUUGCUCAGUCCUCUUUUGCUGUUGCAAAUAUAUUCGAAGGAAUUUUCUGGUAAUUUCAGUCUAUAUAUUGUUUCUUCUAAAUAAUGUCUAAGCAACUGCAAAUCUCAGAAAUGCUUAUUGCCAAGUUCGCAUGGUUUAUGACAUCUUUCGAUCUAUGAUUAAACAUUAAAUAUUCUCCUGCCAUACCGAUUGAUAUCCUUAUACCUUGAAUUGUAUUUUAUGUCACGUUACUAAAGUUUGAUAUUGAGAAGUUAAAAUGGGAUGCAAGUCUGCAAGAUUGAAUGGUACUUUUAGAACUGUAUUUCUGUUGUAUCUUUCAUAAUUUAUUGUGUGUUCCAAUCAAAUUUGAUCAACCACCAGCCUCUAAAGAAGCGGACAUGAAUUGUUCAAUUUUAACUUUCUAGUCUUCUGUUGUAAUCAUUGUUCAACAUAUGAGAAAUAGGGAUGCUAUUUUCGUUUCUUAUUGAUAGCCAUGUUGUUGAACUUAACUUGACUCUAUUCCAUUGAUGUGUCUGUUUGGUUUGUUGUUUCCAUGCUUUUCAUCUUUUCCUUAAGUUGAUAUGAUUUUUUCCCUUCUAACGAAGUACACAUGUCAAUUCAGGUUUCUUCUACCAGCGUCACUUAUAGUUAUCAAUGAUAUUGCUGCGUACUUCUUUGGAUUCUUUUUUGGGCGGACCCCCUUAAUAAAACUCUCACCAAAGAAAACAUGGGAGGGUUUUAUUGGGGCUUCCAUCGCUACCAUGGUUUCAGCAUUCCUGGUGAGUGUGACUAUGUUGUGCCAUAUCCAUGCGCACCUUUUUACUCCAUCUUUUUCAUACUAGACCCUUUUUAUUGGGGCUAUGUAGCUUUGGUCUUGCUGGACAAAGUUCAAAACUUUUCCUUCUCAUUUACCGUCUUGGAAAUGAGCAUGAUCGACUCUUUUGGUAGGACAGUGAUGAAAAUUCCUGCUUUUAGCUUCUUUUUUUGCAUGAUGUAUAGUUGUGUCUGAACCGAAAGAUUUUCCAUUAUUGAUUGCUUGAUUGUGUGCAGCUCGCAAAUUUUCUGGGUCGUUUCCAUUGGUUGACAUGCCCAAGAAAGGUGAUUAUCCUUGUUUAUGAAGUAGUUAAUGUGUAAUAUUACACUAGCCGUCUCUGGAAAUGUCUAUUAUAACAUUGUAAUGCUAAAAUUUGCAGGAUUUAUCAACAGGAUGGCUCUACUGUGAUCCUGGUCCAAUGUUCAAGCCUGAGUAUCAUUCUUUAUCAGGAUGGGUGCCUUCGUGGGUAAGAUAUAGGAAACUUAUGUCGCAAUCAGCGAUCCUUUAUAACUAUUAUAUCUGUUGGAAACUGCUUGGUAAUUCUAUUUAAGGAUAUGUAUAGGGAAAUGAUGUUUUUCUUGCCAUUAGCGAAUUAUAUUGGAAUGUGGUUGAAUCGAGUUUUUUUUCCUUUAAGAGAACGUUGAAAUAACUGAGAAUAGAUAAGCAUAUCAGCAGGGACAGCAGAGGGACGUAUAAAAACUAGGUAGUACCAUGCUGCAUAUAAGUAAUGUGCCAUCUCAUUAUGUGAUAGACCAUUUUUAUGCUAAUCUACCUCGGUACUCUUUUCAGGCCACAAUUCAGUUCCAAGUGAAUGUUGUUUCUCUCUGACAUUAAAGGUGUUUCCUAAUAGUCAUAUGAUAUUUAUUUACACCCAGGACUUUGCAAUUUUCAUUUUGACAUAUUGGUUAGGAACAUUAUUCUAUCAUCAUAUUUAAGUGGCGACAUACGUGUGGUUUCCUGCAAUUUGCUGUCUGUUGAGGGUACCACAUGGUUACUUCACCCCAUUUCUUAUUUGUUAAAAUGGAGAAAUAAAACUUCGUCAUGAAGGACAGAGGAGAGAUCAGUGGAACAAGAUUCAUUCAACUUUAACCCUCAUUAUAUAGGGAGUAACAAUACACAACUUUUGCAAAAACACCCUAAACUAAUUACAUUAUUUCCUUACGACUAAGAACUUUCAACACUCCCCCUCAAGAUAAACUUUGAAAAGUUCAUAUUGACUAAAUUAAUGAUGACAAAAAUCUUGUCCUUUGAACAUUCGCUUGUUGGUGAUGACGACGAUCCGUUGUGGCAUCAACUCUCCCUUUGAUGGUAGUUGUAGAUGACCGCCACUAAGGUUGUGGAUUUGGCGACACUUUUGGCUCUUCUGAUGCUUGUCAUGCCCCAAGGAUAGCUCACCAUGGAUAAGAUAGCACCAAACAUCUGUGACUUGAUCAUAAUGUUCACUAUGUCCGAAAGUUGUAGAGCAUGUCUCAAAGUUGUGAGGUAAUUGACAGGAUGGCACCAAGCACGUAGAGAGUAUCCCUCUACUAAGAGAUAAUAUAGUGCCAAGCUCUGAUGCAAAGGCUCUUAGUUAUGAUGAUUGAUGUGAUGUCAGGCCUCAGCACUCAGAAGAGGUGAGGACCAGCACCCCUCCCACUGAUCAAGUAAUGAGCUUGCGGAGGAAUUAGAAGGUGAAAGCCAUUUCAACAAAGGCAAAGGUGAGUAGACAACACCAAACAACAUGGGCUGUAGCAAUGUGGCCUGUGGAGAACUUUGGUUGCCAGACUAGGGAAGACAUAGAAUUGAUGCCGAACAGAGGCAGACGGACUGAGGAGGACGGAGUAUGACAAUGUACUGAGACAAGCGUGGAUAAGAGAGGCUGAUUUUACCUAUCUCAGGAAUGCUAAUGAAGAUGAAAACAAUGGUAAUGAACCUAGAUAUUUCAACCUCUAGAUAGAAGGCUUGAUGCAGUCACAAAUGACAUCAAUGAACUUGAAGAUGUAGUUGACGAACCUGUUACUGAUGGACUGAGAUAUACUGUCAAAUGACAUAUGAAGAUCACGGUAGAAGAAACGAGACAGCAAGAUCAGUGAUCUCUCGUUGUAGAACUACUUUGUUGGCAGAAAACCUCGCCGGAAGAAGAGAUGACAAUGGACUCGUCGUCCUAGAUAGACUAGAGGACUGACGGAAGUAGAACUGCUCUAAAUGGCAGAAAGAAAAUCUGCUCAAAAUGAUAGAAUAUCAUGCCUAUAAACAGCGGAAAGAUAACACGCCUCCAAAGGCGCAAUAAGUACAUCAAGAUGACGUUAGAAAGAAACUUGGCAGAGGUGGAAGGCGUCGCUGGAAGGAUACUCGGUAGAGGCAGAAUGUCUCGCCAGAAAGGUACUCGGCAGAGGCGGAAGGCCUUGCUGGAUAAAGAGGGUUUGAAACCCUAACUUGUAACCUGUCUAUUGCCAGAUGUCAGUGAUGGUGGGAUCGAUGAUCCCCUAAUAAGAAACAUCAGGCAAAACCUAUGCCAAAUAGAGGCGACAACAGCAGAUGGAAGAUGCCCAAUACUGUCGGACUCCAGUGGUGGUGGCGAUGGCACUCCCCCAGACAACAGAUGUUAGACAUAGGCGACGAAACCCUAGUGGAAUGAACCCGCUCUAAUAUCUUGUUGAAAUGGAGGAAUAAAACCUCGUCACAAAGGACAGAGGGGAGAAUGGCGGAAACUGCCUCAAGAUUCAUUCAACUCUAACCCCUAUUAUAUAGGGAGUAACAAUACACAACUUUUACCAAAAUACCCUAAACUAAUUACACUAUUCCGUACGACUUAGAACUUCUAAUAUUCUUUGUAUAAUACAUGAAAAGUUUAUUUGGAAACGGUGCUAUGCUCGUGGUGUAGUUCCUCAUGCUGUUAUUUUUCUAUCAACCUGUCAUAAAAUGCUAGUGUUUGAAAUUUCUGAAUUUAGGUAAUAUCUUGCCAUUUUUUGUCAAUUUUGUCUCAUGCUUCCUUCCAACUGCGUAAUUAUGUCUUUUUAAAAUUAAUUUUGAAUCUCUUUCUCUCUCACACACAGUUUCCCUGGAAAGAAUUAUCAAUUCUACCAGUGCAAUGGCAUGCCUUGGCCAUUGGUCUCUUUGCAUCCAUAAUAGCGCCUUUCGGAGGUUUCUUUGCUAGCGGCUUCAAAAGAGCUUUCAAACUUAAGGUGGUUAUUGUUAAUCCUCGGCUGAAUUGAAUCAACUGAUAUCCUGAUCUUUAGUCUUUUGGUGUUUAGGAUUUUGGAGAUAGCAUCCCUGGUCACGGUGGUAUUACUGAUAGAAUGGAUUGCCAGGUAACCUGCUAAAUAACUUGGUGUAUUGUUCCAGUAUGUUAGCGGAAAAAUGAUUUUUUUAUAGAUAUGUAAGUUCCUGCUGGUUGCAUCCACUUAUGUUGGUUGAAGCAAUUAAACAUUUUUUAAUAGUGCCUGAAUUUUAUUUUACACCAGAGUAAAAUAUGGAAUCGAGCCAAUUCAGACUUUUUCAAUGUUCCAGACUUCCAUUGACAUCAGUUUCUUUCAUCGUUGAUUCAUCUGUUGGAUACCAUGUAUCCUUGACCAGAACCUGGCUAGCAGCUGAUACAAACCCUAUUUCGCUUGCUGCACGGUGGAUCAAACCUGACACUUCUUUUCCGCUUUGGUGAAUUUCUUCCAUGCUCUUAUAUCAAUCACCUCAUCUCCCCCCCCCCCCCUUCAUCUUAUCUCAUCCUCUCCAGUGGAAGAAAGAGAAACUUACAGACUUCACAAAUUCCUCUGGUUUAGUUCCUCUUGGUUCCCACGCGAGUGCUCAUCCGCCUGGUCCCCUCUAUCAUAGCGAAUUUAUUAUCUGAUGUUAUUUCACCAGCCUUCCCGGCUGUUCACUCAUUUACUAGAUCCUUUCCCCAUUAAGUGCUGGUCAUUUUGGUGGUUUUUUGUCCCCUUUUUAUUGUCCGAUGUUCGACGGAUCUUGGAUUCAUGUUGUCAUAUUUUCUUAAAUGUGUUCCCAUUUUGAUACCCUUUUUCCUCCCUCCCUUUUUUCUUUCGCCCUUACGUUGAUAGAUGGUGAUGGCUGUAUUCGCCUACAUCUACCACCAAUCAUUCGUCGUCGUUCAGAGCUUCUCCAUCGAGAUGAUCUUGGACCAGGUACCGCAACCCCCCCCCCCCCCCCCCCCCCAACCUUCUUCCUCCCCAGUCUGUCUUCUGAUCUGGGUACUAUAUAAAACCAUGCCUCCACCUGGGUCUUCUUUCAGAUACUGAGGAACCUUACCUUGGAGGAGCAGCGACUUCUGUACGAGCAGCUGGGGAGGCUCUUGCAGGAGAGGGAGGUUUGA